UUACCUGUGAAUAAUCCUGAAACAUCCCGGAUUAGCGGGAACUUCUGUGCUCACAUCCAAACUUCCCGCAUUGACUCACGCUCUGUGAGGUCAGAGCGCGAGCCCCGCUGUGUCUGUGACGCAGCAGCACCGAAUAAGUUCCGUCAGAUGUGACGGAAUGACCGGAAAACCCCGCGCGGAAGCAUAAAAACGAGAAAGCGGCUGGAAUGAAAGUUCAGAGAGAGUCCGAGCAGCUGCACGGCAGACACGCACCGAAACAGGGACACCCACGGACCCGCAGACAUGAACGCGUUCACAGUUGUUGCCCUGCUGCACUGCUGCCUGUUAGCAGCGCUGGUUCAAUCGGCUCCCGUCAGCUCGCCGUCCAACCCGUCGCAGACGUUCAAAGAGGCGGUCGAGCGAGUGAUGAGGCUGGUGGAGAAAAUCCGGAAAGACGUCCGCUCCGUGCACGGCAGCAUCAUCAACAUUGACGGUUUUACCCUCGACCCCUCCAGUCAGACCGGAGAGCUGGAGAUGAAGAGGAUAAACCUGGGAAUCCCUGACCCCCCCGUCCUCAAAGAGCUGUCCGAACAGUUCACAGCGGACAUGUGUGUGAGCCGUAUGCUGGCGGCCGGCCGGCUGUACCAGGGGCUGCUGGUAGAUUUGUCUCGCAGACUGGGGGGACUGGAGGCCCUGAGUGCUGAACUGAGAGACCUGGUGACCCACAUCAACCAGAUGAAGGACGCGGCUCAGCUGAGCAGUGACUCUUUGGAUCAGAGCAGCCUGGACUUGACUUUGAAUCUCCAUGGCAACUACGAUGUCCAGGUGGCAGCCCACCUGACGCUGUGCCAGCUGCUCGAGUUCUGUCACGACCUGAUCCGCAGCCUCAGAAACAUGGCCGAAACACAGAUGGCUCGUGGGACGCGCUAAGCCCCGCCCACUGCAGGAUCAGAGCUGCUAGCACGAUUCAGGGGAGAGACUUUAUCGAUCGUGGAGUUGUUGACACUGUUUGUCUCAUCAUCAUCACCUCCUGACGAGCGCCCGCCUCCGUGAUGCAGCGGGACUAAAGACUGAUAGAUGACACACAGGAAGUUUAUCCCUCGUCUUCAGCAGCUUCAGGAUCAGCCAACACGCUUUAUUGUGAAGGCGGCCUGUUGGAGCUCCGUUUCCUGCUUUGUGUGUCGCAGCACGUCGAAGCGCUCUAUCGUCCCGGGAUCAGCUGGGAACACACAGCAGGAAUGUGAUGAAUGUGUGCCCGAUCAUACUGGUGCAGAAGAAGAAGAAGGAGCCGGCUGCAGGUCCAGACCUGCUUCACGCCCGAGGUUAUUCUCACCUGCAGACGCUGGAGAAGGAAAAAACAGCGUCAUCAUCUGAACCCGAACUCCACAGCCGAUCGACUUCUGUCCCGUUUCAGUUCUAAUCAGCUUCAGUGAAACAUCUGGAGCGUUCACCACAAACUCUCAGGGCCAUUUUUUACUGUUCACUGUACAGAAAACAAUCAAAUCAAGUUUGAAACGUGUCUUAAUGAGGUCACUUCCUGCUGUUAUUACUUUAGAGUAAAAGCUCCUUCAGUUGAACCUGAUGGUACAGCUUUUAUUUUGAAGCCGCAGCAGGAAAUGACCUGGCAAG